UGCUACAACCUGCACGACGCCUCUGCUUUGAUUGUGAGAGAAAUCUCAACAUGCGAUGUUCAUUGCCAGCAUCUUAAGAAUCAACCAAAUUAAUGUAUAUAUGUUCUCGUAAGUCGAAGCAUGGUUUCGUCCCUCCAUCUUCAAGUCGUAGCAUGGAUUGCCUGAUUGGGAGCUCACUGCCCCACCACUUGGGAGGCUGGCUCGAGCGGCGGUGACGACCAACUGUCCAGGCACCGCCGCACCGGAGCAUACAAUCAACACUCCGCCUCCCCACACUCCCUCUCGAACCCUUGCAUAUUGUGUCGAGCUUCAAUAAACAUGGCGGAAGCUCCAAUUGUCCUCGACGGCGGUACCGGUUUCCUGAAGGUUGGCUAUGCAGGACAGAACUUCCCAGAACACCAGUACCCUUCCAUCGUUGGCCGACCGAUCCUCCGUACCGAAGAGCGCGAUGGCGGCGACAUACAGCUCAGAGACAUCAUGUGCGGAGAUGAAGCAGCAGCAGCGCGCUCUAUGCUUCAGAUCACCUACCCUAUGGAGAACGGUAUUGUCAAGCGCUGGGAUGACAUGACACAGCUAUGGGACUACACCUUCGCCGAGAAGCUCCAGAUCGAUCCUACUGGCCGCAAGAUCCUCCUCACCGAACCGCCGAUGAACCCUCUCAAAAAUCGCGAGACCAUGUGUGAGGUCAUGUUCGAGCGCUACAACUUCGGCGGCGUAUACGUGGCUAUCCAGGCUGUGCUGGCUUUGUAUGCGCAGGGUCUGUCAUCUGGUGUCGUAGUUGACUCUGGUGAUGGUGUUACACAUAUUGUCCCCGUCUACGAAUCAACCGUCCUGAACCAUCUUACCCGCCGCUUGGACGUUGCCGGACGUGACGUAACCCGCAACCUGAUUGCGCUGCUUUUACGAAGAGGAUACGCACUCAACCGAACCGCCGACUUCGAGACUGUUAGGCAGAUCAAGGAGAAGCUAUGCUAUGUUUCGUACGACCUCGAAUUGGACCAGCGUCUCAGCGAAGAUACAACGGUCUUGGUCGAAUCAUACACAUUGCCUGACGGCCGCGUCAUUCGCGUUGGCAGCGAACGUUUCGAGGCUCCCGAGUGUCUCUUCCAGCCUCACUUGGUUGAUGUCGAGCAGCCCGGUAUUGCUGAGUUUUUGUUCAACACUAUUCAGUCGGCAGACGUAGAUGUCAGAAGCAGUUUGUACAAGGCAAUCGUCCUUAGUGGUGGUAGCAGCAUGUACCCAGGUCUGCCCAGUCGACUGGAGAAGGAGCUCAAGCAGCUGUGGCUUACAAAGGUUCUGGGUGGUAACCCUGAGCGACUUAACAAAUUCAAGGUCCGCAUCGAAGACCCACCUCGGCGACGACACAUGGUCUUCCUUGGUGGUGCUGUGCUUGCGAACAUUAUGGCCGACAAAGAGAACAUGUGGAUAUCAAAGGCAGAGUGGGAGGAGCAGGGAACACGUGCGCUGGAGAAACUGGGCGCGAGAUAAUCAAAAGGAGAUCACCUGCAGCAUGCGGCUCAAUGAUUACCUUCAACCGCACGAACGAACAAAUGACAACCAAGUAUUAUGCAGCCACG